AUGGAAGAUUUACAUGAAAGUAUUUCUGAUAUAUCACAAAUCAGUAAGACUAUUGAGAAACAAAAUGAAGAAAUAAGUUUUCAAAAAAAAUUAGUGAAUAAAGGUGGAUGUUCAAGAGCUGAUAUUUGGAAUGAUUUUAUCUGUGAAGAAUCUGAUAGAAAAGGCCAUUAUGGCACCAAAUCUUUACUUAAAGCUUUUGUUUAUGCUGGAAUCUUAUUUUUGGUAAUUGAUAAUUCAUUUGUUUGGGAUCUUCUUAAUCUUCUUGAGCCAGGAUAUACUCCUCCUGGAAGA